CGGAGGUGGCUACUACGACGGUGGAGGAAGUCCAUACAAUGGACCGAUGGGUAUCGGCGGCGGGAGUUUGGGUGGUGGAGGAGGGCUAGGGCACGGACACGGCGGAGGAGUGGGUGGUGGAGGUCGUUGGGUGGAUCAAGGUGGCCCGGGUGGAGGCCUAGCAGGAUCACCCGGAGCCUAUCGAGGAGGCUUGGAAGGGCGAAUGAGCGCAAAUCGCUUUUCGCCGGGAUAUGCGACGAGCGCACCGCCGCGAUAUGCGGCCUCAAUGCAGCAGCAACAGCAACAGCAGCAGAAUCCGCCACACAGAGGAGGUGGUGCGGGAGGUGUGGGAGGCACAAGUCAGGCUCUAGCAUCAGGUCUGGAUGCACUGAGCCUGAACAAGAUGAAUAACGUGAACCCUGAGGUGAUGGAUGCAGCAUGGCACGCUUUCUGGACAACGCUGAAUAGUGGUGGUGGCGCACAAGGA